GAGUUAUUCACCUCCGCUUUCCAGCCAACAUAGACAAUAAAAUUGCAGAUCUUUAAAUGCUUUCGUUGUAUAUUAGCCACUGUGUUUUAAACACACCUGUCGUAUCUACUAGCUAGUUACACCAUUGAAUUUAAUAUUUACGUUGUUUUUAGUCAGCUAGCUAGCUGGGUAAAUUAGCAGUAGUGCUAGUCUUGUCACUAAUUAACUAGCUAACAUCCCAACCAUGAGUUCACUAAACGACUCCCCACCUUCUGAAGAGGAGAAAUGCUGGACGGAGAAAGAAACUCUGGGGCUGAACAUUGUCGUGAAAGAGGAGAAGGAAGAAGAGGAUGUCACAGUAAAACAAGAAACAGAGAGUGAGGCUGUUACAGUGAAACAAGAAGAGAAAGAAGUUAAAUUGACAGGAGAUGAAAACGCGUUCAGAGUGAAAGAGGAGGAGGAUGUCACAGUAAAAGAAGAGGAAGAGGAGAAUGCCGUUUUUGGAUUGGGAGAGGUGACUGUCACAUUGGAAGAAGAGGAGAAAGGAGAUCUGAUUAACAACAGAGAGAGACCAGACUCUCACUCUGACAGACGAAAGAAGAGUCCUUCAGGGGAACCAGAUGCAGAGACGCCCAAACCAGCGAGACGACACCACUGCUCCCAGUGUAAUUUGAGUUUUAAGUGGUUAUGGAAGCUGAAACAGCAUGAUAGGACGCACACAGGGAGAAGCCACACCACUGCACCCAGUGUGGAAAGAGUUUUACCCUGUUAG